UUUGAUUUUAAAUAUGCUCUAUUUACAGAUUCAGAUUUUUGUGUACAAGUAUGAUAUUUGAUUCUAUCAAGAUUACUUUGUCCUAAAGUCAAAUUUAUACAGUCUUUUAACAAACAUUUGUCUUUUUCUGUCAUGUUUAAUUCAAAGUCACUAGGCAACACUGAAGAUUUCCACUUAUUGCUUUUCAGUCCACGACAGGAAAAGGAAUAGAGUUGACAGGACUUCCCGCACUGUCCCUGGUAGCAGUUUAUGAGGGAACCAACCGCAGUAGACAUAGCACGCUUCAUCAAAGAUGCACCAGAUGCAGCGGCACUGUCUCCAUCACUGGUGAAAUGGGAUAUUACUAGUGGCCGGUCAUCACUCUGUAACUCACCGACACAAUUAGCAGCCCAUCUCUUCUCGUCUCCAAUGGUGGUCUCCGGAGGAAUGGUUGCAGUGCAGUCUUCAUGUCCUGGGCAGGUCUGUUGCAUGUUGGCGGCUGACGCUGGUUCAAUAUUUGCACCAAGAAGCAUACCACGCAUACCCUCUGUUGUAAGACUGGUACCCAGGUGACCGACGGCCAUGGCCACAUUCAGCUGUGCAGCUCUUCGUCCCCUUCCAGAU